ACAUUAAUAAAAUUUAUUAUAUUUGUGGUGCUUCCAAAAGAACUUGAGUCAACAUCUUUAUAAUAAAAUGUCGGAAUUCCUGCCCCUAUACAUGUACAUUCUCUUUUGUUUCGCCCAUCCAACCUCGAAUUUAUUGCACCCGUUAUAGGAAAAUUCUUGCACGCUUGUGGUAUUUGCUUGUAAACUAACUAAGUGGGUGGUUUAUGGCUGGAUCUAGUUGUUUCUUCUGGUUCUAAUUGCUUUAGUAAACCCUCUUUCUUUAUUUCGUUUACAUAAACGCAGAUUAAUAUGUCUCUCAAGCCGGAAAAGAAACCAGACUCAUCAGUGGAUACCGGAAAAUGGGCGAAUUAACACUGGAAAUGUAAACAUAAAAAGAAGAGGCGAAGUAGUUAAAAUGAACGAUUCCUGUAUUUUUUUUAAAUAAUGUAUCAAAAUUAUUAUAAACUAUUUUUGUGUAAAAUGAUACUUACGGGCCUGCAUUUUAUAAAAAUUUAAACAAUGGAUGUGAUGGGUAGCAAGGAUGGAAAUAGCACCUCCAAGCCUACUACCAUCCAAGGAUUUAUUGAGGAUGUUUCGUCGGUUAGGAGUUUUUCGAAAGACCUGAAAACUUUUCAAGAUCAAAGGAAUGAAAAAGAAACAUUACAUCUUUGCAAGAACACAAACAUUGAAGGUUGUGUAAAACAACUCAGUAUAGCUGAAGACUCUGAAUGGAUUACACUGAAUGUGGGAGGAAAGUAUUUUACCACUUCCAAGAGAACUUUAACUACUAGUGAACCAUCCAGUAUGUUGGCCAGGAUGUUUUCCGAAGAUAAUAAUUUGUUUUGCCCUAGUAGUAUAGAUAAAAAUGGAGCAUAUUUGAUAGACCGAAGCCCAAUGUACUUUGAGCCAAUCCUAAAUUAUCUGCGAUGUGGUCAAUUAAUUUAUAACAGAAACAUCAACCCAGAGGGCAUUUUAGAGGAAGCAAAAUUUUUUGGAAUUGAAUCAAUAAUUCCUAUGCUAGAACAUAUGAUGAGUAAAUCAAAAGAAUCACGAGAUAAAGCCCCUUUGACUCGGAGGGAUGUUAUAGAUGCUCUGAUUAGAAGUUCUGGAACUACAGAGUUGAGGUUUCAAGGUGUUAACCUGGCUGGUGCUGACCUAAGCAAGUUGGAUUUGCGUUGGAUUAACUUUAAAUACGCCAAUUUACAAGGGUGUAACUUGUCCUGGGCUAAUCUAAGCUGGUGUUGUUUAGAGCGGGCUGACCUUUCCCAUGCCAUUUUGGAUAAUGCUCAGCUAUUAGGUAUCAAGGGUCUAAGGGCCACCAUGGAAGGGGCAUCAAUGAAAAACUGCAACUUUAAAGACCCCGCGGGGCAACGGGCGAACCUGGAAGGGGUUAACCUUAAGGGCGCGUGUUUGGAAGAUAGUGAUAUGGGCGGAGUGAACCUCCGCAUUGCCAACUGCAAAAAUGCUAACUUGAAGAACUGUGAUCUUAGAGCGGCAGUGUUGGCGGGAGCCGAUCUUGAGAAAUGUGAUUUAUCUGGAAGCGACUUACAUGAGGCAAACUUAAGAGGUGCCAAUUUGAAAGAUGCAGCUUUUGAGUUAAUGUUGACCCCUUUGCACAUGAGCCAAACUAUUCGUUGAUGAAAUUUUCCGCCUUUUUGUAUUGUGCUUCUUUUAGUUAAAUGCGAAUCUUUAUAGCCUUUAGAGCCUUCAUUUUUGCUGAUAUCAUAUAUAAAAGACUAUUUCUAUAUAUUGUGAUGUUUCGAAUAAUAUUGUUCAGCUAUUAUGUUUAAUUACUACCAAAAUAUACAAACAUUAAAAUGAAGACUGAUGCACCUUAAUAUUUAUUAUUUCACUGCACUGAUUACUUUUCAUUUAAUUUCACAUAAAGAGAACAAUCUCUUUUGCGUUUAGAAAAAGCCACAAGCCUGUGUUCGAUUUUAAUUUUUUUCCUUCACACCAUUUGUUUAUCCUCUCGAAGCCUUGUUACACCUUACUAAAAUUUGUAGGAAACGGACAAUAUUAAAUUAACUUAAAAAAAAAACUUAAAACUUAAAAAUUCAACAAACCAAAAAAGCUGCUUUUGAUGGCUUUAUCGAAAAAUCAACCAAUAAAAACAAAGAUGUCUGGAAAAUCGUUAACUAUGUGAUAAAGAAUCUGAUUUAUCAGCAAAUAAUCUUAACAGUUUUUUUAGUUCUGUCUCGAGUAAUAUUAUAAAGAUCUUAACGGUGAAUCACAAUAUACAGAGUGCAUGUGUUGAAGGGAUUCCACUGGAGGAAACUACUUUUUUUUGCAUCCAAUAACUUGUGAGGAUACGUACCGAGCCAUACUAAGAUUAAAAAAAUCUUAUUCUAGCGAUGCUUAUGAUAUCAAUAGUGUCUUCGUGAGGGACUGGUUGAGUACAUUACACUGCCAUUAACCACUUUAUUUAAUAAAUGUAUUGACACAGGUGUAUUUCCGUCGCUGUUUAAGAUUUCGAAAGUAGUUCCAAUCCAUAAGGCAGGUGAUAUAAAUGAUGCUAACAACUACAGGCCGAUUUCAAUCGUGCCUUUGUUCGGAAAAGUUUUUGAGAUCUUACUAAAAGAUCAGCUAACUUAUUAUAUUAAUAAGAUCGAAUGUCUUUGUGCUGGUCAGUUUGGAUUUAGGGGAGGGUGUUCGACGAUCCAAGCAGUGUCUAAAGUUGUGAGUGGGAUAGUUGAGGGCCUCGAGGGGGGUGAAUUAGUUGGUUUAACCUUGAGUGAUCUCUCCAGGUCCUUCAACUGUGUUUCUCCACCCGCUUCUUAUUAAAAAGCUAUAUAGAUAUGGUAUACCAGGUCUGCCCUUAGAUCCUAUAGCGUCCUACUUGCAGGGCCGACAGCAGUUUGUAGAAUACCAGGAUGACCGUUCAUCACUUGAAUCAGUAGUAAGCGGGGUGCCCCAGGGUUCCGUCCUGGGCCCGCUACUAUUUACAUUCUACAUAAAUGACCUUUAUCAUUUCUUGGCCCCCAAUCAGUGCGUGAUGUCUGCCGACGAUACAUCCUUCACUACAUCUGCUAAGAGUAUCGAGGAGUUGUCUGUUAGGGUUGGCAUGUUGGAGGACAGGACUAAUGUCUGGUUCGAAAAUAAUUAUCUUAAAUUAAAUUUAGACAAGACCCAGAGUAUUGUGUUUUCCUCCAAUUGCUUGGUAAAUAGUGGACAGUCCGUCAAGUUGCUUGGCAUUAGGAUCGAUGAUAGUCUAAAUUGGAAACAACAUAUCUCAGACCUGAAAAAUAGAUUGUCCAGCAACAUAUUCGUUCCUCAAAGACUAAGAGGCCUGAUAGGAACAAGGACUCUGCUUAUGGUCUAUUUUUCUUUGUUGCAUUCACACUUAUGCUAUGGCACGGUACUGUGGGGUGACUCCUCAGCUGCUGUGGAGAUUUUUAGAAGCAGAAAAGGGCCAUUCGAGUCGUGGCUAAUAUAGGAUAUAGGGACCAUUGUCAACCUUAUUUUAAAAAAUUCAAAGUGAUGCCCCUUCCUUGCAUCUAUAUCUACUACCAGUUAUUAGAGAUACAGAGAACGAAAGGAAACUUUAGCGCUAAUUCCGAAUGCCAUACCUAUUCAACUCGUUCGGGGGAUCUCCUUAGACGACCUAGGUUUAGACUGAGGAAGUCUGAGAACAACUCAUUGAACCUGAAAUUGUAUAAUGUUUUGCUAGGUACCGUGAAAAAGAUGAGCAAUAGAACAUUUAAACAUACUAUUAAAGAAUUCCUGCAACGUCAUUGUUUUUACUCCCUGCCAGCAUACAUUGACACUGUCACUGGUAUCGAUGCGCUAUAAAACUGUAUAGUACUGUCUAAUUUUGUUUGUAUUAGAUGUGUGUUUUUAUGUUAUUUAUUAAUUUGAUUUUAUUGCACUUGAAUAUCACUUCUGACUUGCUACAAUUGUACGUCCCUUUUGUACGAAACGUAGUCAAAAAAAUGAAUCUAUCUAUCUAUCUAUAGCCAACAUCCGACCGACAACAAUAUGUUAAAAUUAGUUGAAAUUAGUUUAAAUUUGUAAUAAGAUUUGUGACGUCUCAUGUGAUUGAAAGGUAUUUUUGUCCAUGUACAACUUGACUUUAUCAAACCAUACAAGAUUAACGUGGAUUUAAAGAUUUAUUAAUCGGCAACAAUGACUAUUUUAAUUUGAUCAAAGUUAAAGGUAAAAGUUUAUUUAAAGGAAUAUCUUUUUAACUAAAUUAUCCACACAAAUAAAACAAUUUUUUCACAGUGGUUGCUAUAAACACUAAUUCUUUAAGCUUUUAAUCUAUCUAUAAUCUAGUCCCUUUCUACCCGUUGAGUUAUUUAAUAUUGGGUUUGUUAAUAUAUUUGUAAAAACCCGUUACAAAAUAUUAAUACCAAUUUAAAUUUUUCAUUUGAUAUAAAAUAAAUUUUUGAUGGAAAAUAAAAAUACAUAUUCCAGCAGGUGCUAUGUACUGUACUCGUUUUAACUGGCGAUCGCCAAGAAUCGUAAACCUAAUAGGAUUGCCCAAUCGCAUAAGACAUACGUUCGCCAAAACUAUCGAUCGCACGUGGUCGCUUGUGACAGCAAGUCCUCUAACGGUUUUUGUGUAUUCUCUCAAUGCAUUUGAAGGCGUAUUAAACCGUUGUAUUUUGUGUUCUUUGAACAAUUAAAAUAAUUUGAACUAGGGAGUAGUGCGCUUAUGUUUGUGUUAAUUGUAUUCCUGAAAAAAAAGCUUGGACAAAACAGUGUUUUUAAGCUUUAACAAAUACUUUAAAAUUGUAUGUGCUUGAGUGGCGAGAACUGAGAAAAACAGUAUUUUAAACCUUAAACAAAGAAUUAAAAGUUAUGUGUUCAUGCUGCUUAUUAGCGGUGUUAUUAGUAAGGAGGUAAGCUCAAAAUAUUACACAUAAUAAUAUAGGUAAAGGUUAGAAAUACAUUUCUUUUACCUUUUUCAGUGGCAUAAACUACAUCAAAAAGUAGUUAGGUAUGUCUGGAACGAGAUGUGCCAUGCAUGGGUGAAAUAACUAUUUUGAUGAAAAAGCAAGUUCUCUAUUCGGAACGAUUGGAUUGUUCAAUGUAGAAGGGAGGACAAACUUAAUCCAGAUAAAAGCUAUGUCUGCUCAGGUCGUUUUACAGAAAAUGUUUGUGACAGAGACUUACAAAAUCAGUUAUUAGGUUUUUUUUGUCUUGAAUAACACAUUAAAUUCACCACAAAAUUUAAAUUUUAGGUUUUCCUUUAAAAAAGAUUCUAAAAAAACACUGCUGUUCCCACCCUAUUAUUAUUUAACCAGAAGCCACUAACAGAAGCAGGAUUAUCUAGAUCAAAAAGACUUCAUUCCAAAAAGAAGCUCAACAGGUAUUGUCUGAGCUUUUAGCAACAACAUCGAAUGCCACAAGUGAAAUUCUAGAGAAAAAUCUAUCUCCAGAACCCAUGCCAGAAAUAAAAGCAAAAUAAAAGUUAGUCUAAAAUGAAAAUAUUUGCAAGAGGAUACCUGCAGAAAAAAAUUAGAAAGUAUUGUAAAAUAAAGAUUUAAGGAUAUAUGUAUUUUUUAUAUUAUGUACAUACGCGGGGGGGUACAUAUAAAUACAUAUUAUUAUUUACCUACCACCUAUAAAUAGUUGUUAUGUAUUUUUAAUAUAUUUUUUGUUUUUUAAUAUGUUCUUUAAUAUAUCCAAAAUUAGGGAUUUCUAGUUUACAAUUAUUUGUUGAUUUUUGUAUAUUUAAAACGGUAGA